GGGCUGGGCGCAGGAGCGGGCAGGAAGCGAUUGUGCAGCGAGGAGCCGCUCCCGUAUCAGCGCCAGCGUCCCUGUGCGCUUCGCUCUGAUAGACCUCAAUCACUGCAAGCUUGCUGGUUAAUUAAGGAAAAUCGCUACCCGGCUCCUUUAAAGGUCCCCUAAUAGAAAAGGGGGUGGAGAAGAGCGAAGACUGGUGUCUUUUUAACCUUGCUGAAGGACGCAGCAGUAUUUAUUGACCUGCGCAAACCAUGCAGGAUGAUUUACUGAUGGACAAAAGCAAAGCCCAGCCCCAGCAGCAGCGGCAGCAGCAGCAGCAGCAAGAUCAAAACUCAGCAGAAGCCCCCUCUACACCCAUCUCGUCAGAGACACCCAAACCAGAAGACAACAGUUCAGUGACUAGUAUCGGCACAUCAGCUCCUUCCCAAAAUAGCAAGGAGAAGAUGCAGAUGGAGUCCCCCAUUUUGCCUGGCUUGAGCUUUCACCAGCCUCAACAAGAACCUGCAGCCGGCACCUCCUUGUCUCCCUCGUUUGGCAGCACCUGGUCUACAGGGACCACAAACACGGUGGAUGAUAGCUUUUUCCAAGGGAUUACUCCGGUCAAUGGGACAAUGCUUUUCCAGAAUUUUCCACACCACGUCAACCCUGUAUUUGGUGGCACUUUCUCACCUCAGAUUGGCCUAGCUCAGACUCAACACCACCAACAUCAGCAGCAGCAGCAGCAAGCUCAGCAACAGCAGCAGCAGCGGAGGUCACCUGUGAGUCCUAAUCAGGCACCUUUCGCCCAGAGAAAUGCUGCUUACAGCCAUCAGCCCAUCAUGACCAGCAAACCGUCUUCCUCCUCUGCCUCUUCUUCUUCUUCCUCCAGCUGGAAUAACCACCAAAACGCAGCUUGGAGUACACCUUCCAACCCGUGGGGUGGGCUGCAGGCUGGUAGGGACCCUCGCAGGGCAGUUGGAGUGGGGGUUGGCGUGGGAGUAGGAGUCGGCGUGCCCUCCCCCCUCAAUCCCAUUUCACCCCUUAAAAAACCCUUCUCCAGCAAUGUCAUUGCCCCUCCGAAGUUCCCACGGGCUGCACCCUUAACCCCCAAAUCCUGGAUGGAAGACAACGCGUUCAGGACGGACAAUGGCAACAAUCUGUUGCCUUUUCAGGACCGGAAUAGGCCCUAUGACACUUUUAACUUGCACUCUUUGGAAAAUUCCUUAAUGGAUAUGAUAAGGACUGAUCAUGAGCCUCUGAAAGGUAAACACUACCCUCCCAGUGGCCCACCAAUGAGUUUCGCUGAUAUAAUGUGGAGGAAUCAUUUUACAGGGCGUAUGGGAAUAAACUUCCAUCAUCCAGGAACAGACAAUAUUAUGGCUCUCAAUACCAGGAGCUAUGGGCGGAGAAGAGGUCGGUCUUCACUCUUUCCUUUUGAAGAUGGCUUCCUAGAUGACAGCCAUGGUGAUCAGUCGUUGUCCUCGGGUCUCAGCUCUCCGACGCGCUGUCAGAACGGGGAGAGAGUGGAGCGCUAUUCUAGAAAGGUGUUUGUUGGAGGUCUUCCUCCUGACAUUGAUGAAGAUGAGAUCACUGCCAGCUUUCGUAGGUUUGGACCUCUUGUGGUGGACUGGCCUCACAAAGCUGAAAGCAAGUCAUAUUUUCCACCUAAAGGUUAUGCCUUUCUGCUGUUCCAGGAGGAAAGCUCUGUACAAGCUCUGAUAGAUGCCUGUCUGGAAGAAGAUGGAAAACUUUACCUGUGUGUGUCAAGUCCCACAAUCAAGGAUAAACCAGUGCAAAUUCGACCUUGGAACCUAAGUGACAGUGACUUUGUGAUGGAUGGGUCUCAGCCUUUGGAUCCAAGAAAAACAAUCUUUGUUGGAGGAGUUCCACGGCCUCUCCGAGCUGUUGAAUUGGCAAUGAUUAUGGACCGUUUAUAUGGAGGUGUCUGCUAUGCUGGCAUUGAUACAGACCCAGAGCUGAAGUACCCAAAAGGUGCUGGCAGAGUGGCUUUCUCCAAUCAGCAGAGCUAUAUUGCUGCUAUCAGUGCUCGCUUUGUCCAGCUCCAACACAAUGACAUUGAUAAACGGGUGGAAGUGAAGCCAUACGUGCUGGAUGAUCAGAUGUGUGACGAAUGCCAGGGCACUCGCUGCGGUGGAAAAUUCGCUCCGUUCUUUUGUGCCAACGUUACCUGUUUGCAGUAUUACUGUGAAUACUGCUGGGCCAGCAUACACUCCCGUGCUGGGCGGGAGUUCCACAAACCACUGGUAAAGGAGGGAGGUGACCGGCCCCGCCACGUCCCGUUCCGCUGGAGCUGAACCCCGGCCGCGCCCAGCGAGAAGUACUGGAGUAAAUAAAAUUGAGUGAAAAGAGAGCGCUGCCUCAGGGCUUAGUGUUCUGGAAAUCUGUGCAUUCGUCCUCGACUUUAAUGAAGAUAUGGGUCUUUUUAUUACUAUUAUUAUUAUUUACAGUCACAUUACUGAACUCAGUGUCCAGUAUAAUACAAACCGGCAGAGUGUAACUGUACUGAUUUUGCACUUUGAUUCACACAAACAUCUGCUUGGUACCUUAAUUUCCUACACAAGACUUGUCACUAGUGACAUUAUGUAGACUGCCAUUCUCAUCAGUCUUCACUGGGCUGAUGUGUAUGUGAUGAAGAUUUUUUUAUUGUAAUUAUAAUUAUUUUUAUUUUUAAACUGGAGCAUGCACUUAUUUUCAGAAAUUUAGACUUGCCCCUAGCAGAUGACUUACCAAAGGUAAUAUUCACAAGUAGGUGGCAGAUGUAGCAAAAACUUAAACAGAUAUUCAGCAAUCAUUAGUUUGGGUCAUUUAGAAUAGUAAUAACCCUUAAAGAAAAUAAGCCUUUAGUUGCUCUCGAUUUUGACUUGUAAGGAUGAUACCUCAUAAGCUGGAUCAGACUUUUUUUCUUUUGUUUUGCCGAGGGUUUUUAUUUUUGUUUGUUUGUUCUGUUUCGUUGGGUUUUUUUGUUUUGUUCUGUUAGGUCUUUUAGUGUUAUGUAAAUGUAUGCUGCAAUAGCUUUUGCUGCUAUUAAAAUGGUAUUACUAAUACCAUAAUACUCUAUUCAGGCUAGGGUAUCAAUUAAAAAUGAAUAUGUGAUUAAAAUAGUGAUGGCUGCUGAAAGGAGAUCAGUAUAGCAUACAGAAAAGCUUCCAAGGAAGGUCAAUAUUUUUUGACUGCAUGUUUACUUAAUCAGGUUGCUGCAUGCAAUAAAUUUUAUAUAUGUCUAAUAUAAAACCUGCCCACAAUGCACAAAUUAUGAAUCUACGUAGGCUACAAAAUGCUCAGUAGCAAAAAAAGAUUGAUUACUGACUGGAGGAAGGCAUGCCUCAGUAAAUGUAAUGCUUCUGAAAUUAGGAUCAGCCCAUUACAGAAUGACCUAUAUUACAACAAGUAUAAAAACUAGCUGUAGGAUAUUCUUAAAAAAAUUUGUGGAUGGUAGAUGAAGUACUUUGCGGUGCUCUGUUAUAUAUCGUGCAAUUUAUUUUAUAUAGUAAAGUGAUUAUGUCUAGUACUGUGAUCAAACUUAACUGUUAAAGCCUCUGUAUCUGACAUUACACAUUUUUGACAGUUCAUAACAGGUACAUAAACAGAAAUGAGCUCUUAGUUACAAUCUCUCUCCUAAUGCUUGCAUCAUUUACGUAGCUGCAGACUUGUCCAGAGAACCAAAGAGCUCAUGCUGGCGUACAUACACUACCGAUUAGAUAGUCUGUCAAUCUAAUAACCUAGGCACAUUUAAGAAAGUUAGGUGACAAAGUGGUGCUAAAGAAAUGUCUGCAUAUAAAAGUAACGUGAGAUGUCUGCUCUGUGGACGUGGCGUUAUCUCUCUAAUCCCUGGAUGUAUCCUGUGAAGCUUGAAUACAAAUUAAGACCUGCUAACACAGUGGACAUUUUUUUAGCAUGAACUAUUGGGCUGCAGAUAGCAUAUAAAUAUAAACACACUUGGUAUACUAAUGAUUGUGAGAAUGUGUACACUAUUUUUUUUUCUUUUUCCUCCUUUGUUUUUGCAGUUCUGGGGACAAUCUGACUGGAUAUGACACCGCAUAGUAGAUUUAAAUGUUCUGGGUUUUGUUUCUUGUGAUGUCCUUCUUUGUGUCUAAUUUAGUAAGUUGGUUUUCCCGAUGUUUAGUUGCAAGUAUUGGCUUUGAAAGGAUUUUUUCUGUUUUUGGAGAAAAAAAAAAGAAAAAAUAGUUUUUUACUCGUUUAAAAUGCUUAUUAUAAUUAUCCCUUUUGAAGUUACUUCUGGGCGGUUUUGUGAUAUUGCUUUUCCCAGCCCAGGUGUCUUUUCUGUUUUUUUUCAUCUGUACAAGACAUUUUGUUAUGCACUACUUUUUGUAUCUAGACAGUUUUCAACAGUUGGCUGAUGAUUUUUUUUAAAGAAAAAGGCAUGCUUUCUGACUGACAUGAUCUUUUGCAAUACCUCAAUUUUGAAAUAUAGGAAAGAAAAUGAUAUUUUCUAAGUAAGUUUAUUCAGAAAAAUAUAUAUUAAUUUAAUUCUGCAAGAAAAAUGAUUUAACAGAUGGGUAACUUUAUUUUUUUCAUGCUUAUUUGAGUUUUUUUGAAAAUGAAGAAGUUAGAGCUUUAUAACUGUAAUAUUAAAGAUCAUAGCUAACCUACAGAAGUCUACCUAAUUAUGUGAAAGAAGUAAACCUUUUUGAAGAAAUACCCCUCUUUCAUGUAGAAAAAUACUCCCAGAGAGAAAGAGAGCGAGAGCGAGAGAAGCUGGAAAAUGUACAAUAUAGCAUAAUGUUGGAUUAAAUCUGAAACAAAAUCAUCAUAAAGAACAUGUGUAAACACAAACUCCAUUUGGUGCUGAAAGUUGUGAAUAGAAGGUGAAAAAAUAUUUUCCCUUAAUUUGUAUAUUUAUAAUCAAGUGUGAUUAUGCACGACUGACCAGAAUUGUGAGAGUUCUUCUGUUUGUAUUUUUUUAAAGAGAACUUUUUUUAGUUUAUUAAAUUAUGACAUGCUCCCUUUUGUUUUGUAAAUGAAUGUGCCCCUGAGUUGUUAAUAUGUUAUAUUAAAAGAGGGUCCUUCAAAAAAAAAAGUUAUUUUUUAAAAUAUGGAGUUCUGAACUGCAACUUGACUAAGAAGCCCCUGGGUACAACAGGUCCUAUUGUGGCCUUUUCUGAUGUGAGACUUGAACUAGUCGAUUUUUUUGAAGGCUAACCUAACCUCGACUAUUUGUUGUUAUGUGCAAUACUGUUUGUACUGUUUGUAUAAAAAAAAAGAAAAAUGAAAAGAAAAAAGGCAUAAAUCUUUAUUGCAGAUUUAUUUUCAUUGCAGACUUUAGACAUUGUGAUUCACUAAAAUCAUUUUUCUACUGUCAAAUAUGUACCUUUUCUUCAUGCUGGUAUUUUUUCAAUAGUAAUGUAGCCUUUGUACUGAGACAAAUUUUCAUUGUUAUUUUUAGAAAGAUUUUUUGCUAAGAAAAAAAUUAAACAUAUUUACAUAUUUUUCAUUUUUAUUUCGUAUUUUCUUUAAGGAGUGCUUUCUCAACCAUUAAUAUAGUUGUUUCUGGGAGAGACUUUCAUAUCUGGUCAAUGUCAUUAAUAUUAUUUUGUAUUUUUACUUGGAAUAAAUUAAUUUUAUGAUGCUGAUUCCUUAAAAGUUUAUUUUUUUCAUUUUCAGUUAUUUUUGAAGCUAAAAUCUUUGUAAUAUUGUUACUAAAGUGUCUAGUUUUUUGAAAUGCAAAGCUUUAUGUAUUAACUUGCUGAUGUGGUUUACAAUAGUGUGGCAAUGAUGAAAAUGGUUGGUUAUGUAAAGUGAUUGGAAAAUUGUAACAAAGAAUUGGGCAAUAAAAUGACAGAAUGAAGCAGAAAAAACGUGA